AUGGAAACGGCACGUAAAUCAUUCGAUAUCACCAAUCAGGUACGACAAAAUGCCGAAGAAAUUAAAAAUGCCAUGAACGAUUUGUAUAGCUGGGAGAAGGAAAUCAAGGAUAAGGAGAAGAAAUUGCAGAAUACACCAGCCGCCAGCAAUGACAUUGGAGAUAAUAAAAUUUUAAAUACAAUGCCACUUCCACGAAGUCACAUCACAGAGCAGGUCUCUAAUAAAGAUUCAACAUCACAACAACAACAACCAUUAAAUGAUUUAUCCGGUGGUGGUAACAAGGGAAAGCAACAACCCCAACAAUCAUUGGAGUCGCCAACUGAAAAAGUGGACACGGUAUUAGAUCCCAUGGCCAUGAAACACAAGGAGGCGAAUGAAAUCAAAGAUCGCGGUAAUAGUUUUGUUAAAUUGGGUCAAUACGACAUGGCCAUUGAUGAAUAUAACAAGGCAAUUGAAUUGUAUCCCGAUGAUGCGAUUUAUUACAGCAAUAGGGCAUUGUGCUAUUUGAAAAUGGAAAGAUAUGACGAAUGCAUUGACGAUUGUGAUCGGGCAACAGAAAUCGAUAAUUUAGCAGUGAAAGCUUAUUAUCGUCGCAUGCAGGCAAAUGAGUGCUUAGGCAAUAAUAUGGAUGCCCUUAAGGAUUGUACUACAGUACUAAUGAUUGAGCCCAAAAACAGUGAGGCAAAUCGCAGCCUGGAAAGGAUUAACGAACGCUUACGUAAAAAUGCGAAAAACUCAAAAGGUCCCAAUUUCACAAGUCUGCGUAGCAAUGUUGUGGAUAUUUUACCCAUUGAUAAGCCAGCCUAUAAACGUUCUACGAAACCCUUAAAGCGUAUACCAAUUGCUGAUGUUGUUGGACCGAAAGAAAUUAAAAAUAAUGAUUGUCUUAAAAUGUCAGAUGAGGAUAUUGAUAAGAUGUUUAAUAGUUAUAGCGGUGUUAUUAAAGAGAUUAAAAAUCCCGAAGAAAGACUUAAGGCCAAAGAAAAUGCUGCUGCUGCGGCCAAACAAACAAAACCUGUUGCAGUGGAUAAUAAGGAUAAUAUAAAACACAAUGAAAAUAAAGAAAAUAUCGUAGAAGAGAAAUCAACUUCAAAGGAUGCACAACCGGAAAAGGCACACAAAGAAAAUGAUGUUAAGAAAACUAAUGAGGCCAAAGAACAAGAUUCGAAUAAAAUUGAAAGUGUAAACAAGUUGACAACAAAUAUUGUUGAUGACAACAUUAACUACAAUCGUCCCCUACCAGAAGCUCCAAUAUCCUCUGCUCAAUUUUAUUCCAAUUGGAAAGAGUUAUCACCACAACAUAAAUAUGAAUAUCUGAAAAGUAUUAAUCCCAAUAAUGUGUGUAAAAUUCUGGGAGCUGGUUUUGAUUCCGACACCCUAACCGAUGUCAUACGCACACUACAUGAUUUCUAUUUGCCGACAAAGGAUGCAACCUUAGCUAAAACUCUACUGGAAGUUAGUAAAAAUAAACAGGUGCCCAUUUUGUCAUUGCUAAUGUCCAAUGAGGAGAGGAAGGCCCUUUCCGAAAUUGUUAACUCUCUGAAGGGUGACAGUUCUUCGGAUGCAGCUGCAGC